CAGCUGUUUCAAUCAAAACACGAGUAACUGGGAUAAUCGCGGAGAAAAAUGAAUUCGGUUGAUCCCAGCACCAACUAGUGUAUCUUGUGUAACUAAUGAAUAUUGAUUAGUUAAAAUCCUGAUCUGAAAAAAAGUGAAUCAAUGGGGAAUCAGCUAGCAGGAACUGUUCCUACACAGAUCCUACCUGUGGAACAUUAUCUCCAAGAUUUAUCAGAUUUGGAGUAUGAUUCCAGUUUGGGCAGCACAAGAUUCUUCAAAGUUGCUCGAGCAAGACAUAAAGGAGCUCUUGUUGUUGUCAAAGUGUUUGUUUUGCAUGAUCCAACACUACCUCUUGUAGAGCACAAGGAAAAGCUGGAGUUUCUUAACCGUGAACUAUCACCAAAAAAUAAUUGCUUGCCAUUUGCAAAGCCAGUGCUAACAGAUAAAGCUGUGUUUUUAAUCCGUCAAUAUGUGAAAUCCAACAGCUAUGAUCGUCUAAGUACAAGACCUUUUCUGACAUUGUUGGAGAAAAAAUGGAUUGCAUAUCAAUUACUAAGGGCCCUGAGCUUUUGCCAUUCCAGAGGGAUAUGUCAUGGAGAUAUAAAAUUAGAAAACAUGCUAGUAACUAGCUGGGGUUGGUUGCUUUUGACUGAUUUUGCCUCUUUCAAGCCGGCCCUAUUGCCAGAAGAUAAUCCAGCUGACUUUUCUUACUUUUUCGAUACUUCAAGAAGAAGGACUUGUUAUGUUGCUCCGGAACGAUUUCAAAUGACUUCAGCUUCUCAGGAUGGUUCUGCAGUUCCGAUGAGUCAAUCCAUGAUGGUUGAAACUUUCAUUCCUCCUUAUCAGUUAACUCCACCAAUGGAUAUUUUCGCGGCAGGAUGUUCGCUGAUAGAGUUGUUUACGGAAGGGCAAGCGCCUUUCGACUUUGCUCAGUUACUGGCUUAUAGAUCUCAGGAGAUGGGCAUGUCCCCAGUCAUUGAAAAAAUGGAGGAUUCCGCUGUCAGAGAUUUACUGUUAAACAUGAUACAACUUGCUCCGGAGAAGCGUCUUUCAGCCGAUGAGUACCAGCAGUGGCAGCGUGGCAACGUUUUUCCAGAAUGCUUUUAUGGGCCUAUUUACGAAUACAUGCAAUCCCUGACUCAACCACAAUGGGGCCCCGCAGAUUCAAAAAUUGACAAGUUACAUCGCGAUUUACCAGAACUGAUCGAUGAUUUGUCAUCAACAGAGGGUGGCUUACUUAUCAUAGCAAAUGUUGUGUUGUCUAGUCUCAGAUCUCUUCAGUAUUCAUCUUCCAAAUUGAAGGCGCUGGCGAUAUUACACCAGCUAUGUCCGCACUUGGCGGACGAAAUCAUUUUAGACAGAAUUUUGCCGUACAUUAUGCAUAUGAUGUCCGAUGGAAGCAGCCGUGUUCGUAGCUGCGCUUUGAAAUUACUAACUGCAAGUCUGUUUCCAGUUAGACGCCUCCCUCGCAGUGACGCGAAUGUCUUCAGCGAGUACAUCCUUCCAAUAAUAACUAGUUUAGCGCAAGAUAGUAGUGGACUUGUACGCUGCACGUUGGCUCAGCAUGUGGCAGAUUUGGCCGAGAUUGCCCUUAAAUUUCUCGAGUUAUCGCAUUGGCGGGUCGAGGCAAGUGCCACCACUCCAACAAGUGAAAUACCUGGUGUUGCCUUGAACUGGUGUAAUACCAGUGGUUUUGAAAGCGAACUUCAAGCAUUGCAGGACUCGUUCCAGACAUUAGUUUCAUCUUUGCUGACAGACUCGGACUCUCAGGUUAGGCGAACCUUACUAGAAUUUAGCGUGGCCAAAUUGUGCGUGUUUUUUGGACGCCAAAGAGCAAGUGACGUCAUCUUCAGUCAUGUCAUAACGUUUUUAAACGACAAAAACGAUCGUCAUCUUCGUGGUUCGUUCUUCGACUGUUUGGCGGGAGUAGCCUCCUACAUUGGUUGGUGUUGUGCUCCAAUCUGUCACCCUCUUCUGCAGCAAGGUUUGAGUGAUGGUGAAGAGUUCGUAGCUCUCAAAGCUGUGGAAUCUAUGAUUGGAUUGACACAGUUAGGGCUGUUACCAAAGGCAACCUUACUCGCCUUGCUUCAUGAUGCGGCGUCGUUCCUUUUACACUCCAACAGAUGGAUUCGCUAUGCUGUUGUUGGUUUCGUUUCUUGUGCUGCUCGUAAUUUGAACGCAGUAGACGUUCAGUGCCGCCUAGCAGCUAUUCUUGAUCCCUACUUACGUUAUCAUGUCGUCCAAAUGGAUCAAGAGUCUUUGCUUUUGGAAGCACUGCAACCACCGAUUUCCCGGGGAAUUUGGGACAAUGUCAUUAAAUGCAACGACAUCCAGCUGCUUCUGUCAACCUUAGCAGAACGACUUGAAUCUCGGAAAACGGGCAAAGACUGGAUCCCCCAUCCAGCCGAAAUAGGAGGCCCAAUCAAAACGUUGUUGCGUCGCCUGGGUUCGGAAGGCUUGAACUCCGCCACGGAGGAACAGCUCCUACGUAUGAAGGAAAUCCUCUUUAAAUUGCAGCGACAUAAAUCAAUAAUGGAUCAAAACAAGUGCACAUGGAACGACCAAGGAGUGAUUCAGCUGGGCACUGUCAAAAGCCGUUCCGUUGAUUUGCACAGUACUGAAAUGCUCAUGAAAGCCAUGGUAUACUAUGCCCAGUUACAGUGUCAGCAACCCGAUAGAGCGCCCUCAUUCGAAAACAGAGCGCUAGGUGAUCAUUCACCUGCCUCUUUUGUUCAAAUGAAUCCGGAAUGGCUGCAUAUGUUUGGACCGCCACCGGCCAGUCUACCUGAUCAGCAGAGAAAGGAAUUUGAUUCGGCCGAAAUCCUGCAGCCAGAAGCGGAAUACCGUCCGCUAAGGGUCAACAGUAGCAUAUUACCUUGCAACAGCGAGCUGCAGCGUUUGCUCGCUCGUAGAACGGCGCAAGAACAUGUUAGCGCAUUGGCCCGUCGUAUGGUAGCAUCCGGUGUAGAAGCCCGAGCUUUUUGCGUCAAAGCUCCAAAUUGGGUUCCUAAAGGAAUUUUGAUCGCUCAUUUGCAUGAACACAAGGUCGCGUUUACUAGGCUAGCUGCUAUUGGAAACACUUCGUACUUUGCUAGCGGCUCAAUGGAUGGUUCCGUCAAAAUUUGGGAUUGCAUCAAGUUCGAAGGCAGAAACGUAGCGAAUCGUUCGCGACAAACGUGCACUAGAAUGGGAAGCGGAAUCACGUCCUUAACGACGGUUCAGUCAGGUGCCUCUCUAGCAAGCGCCUCAAACAAUGGAAUGAUUCAUGUUAUGCGAAUUGAAACCGGUUCUUGUACCACUCGAAGCACAUUGGUACAUCACAGACAAUUGGACCUUAACCAAGAAGGGUCUGUUGUUGAUUUGCAGUCACUUGAUUAUGGGAAUCAGUCAGUGUUGGUCUAUGCCACCCUUAUGGGGUCGAUUGUUGGCUGGGACUUACGUAGUCCUCGCGUAGCGUGGAAAUUGGAACACAAUUUAAGACACGGAGUCAUAACGUCGAUGUGUGUUGAUCCUAGUCAAAGCUGGUUGGCGAUCGGGACAGAUAAUGGCGUUCAUAUCUGCUGGGAUUUACGAUUCCGGCUACCAGUUGCAUCGUUAAACCACCCGGGCGGAUCACGGGUACUUCGCCUCUUGUCCCACCCAACGCAGCCCUCUUGUUUAGUCUCGGCUGUAAAUAACAACAACGAAAUAUCAAUUUGGGACUGGGAGAAUCAAAGCCGAACGUUGGCUUUGUGGGCCAGUCCUACCCCGCCUCUGUCUUCUUUCCAGGGAUCCUGUCAUAAUUCUUAUGGAGCUUUUAUCGGUUGUCGAGUUGGUGGUCAUAACAAGCCUUUCAUCCUGUCUGGCGGAUCAGAUUUGAGGUUACGGUACUGGGAUCUGUUUAAUCCUGAGCAGUCAACUCUCGUAAGCGGAGGCGCGUACGAUGCUGUUAAAAAACAGGAUGUCUCCUACGAUUUGCGACUCGUGGAUGGAGUAGAAGUGAUCCAGGAAACGCAGCAGCCGUGUGCACCUCCAGCAGCAACGCACGGAGUUUAUUCCGAUGGUUUAGGUUCCAGUCCUGGUUUAGCAGGCCUUCAUAAUCUGUCAAAUACGAAAGCAUCGCCUCCUUUAGGUAUUACUAUGACCGACUAUAGCCCACCUUCGGGUCAUGCGGAUGUCAUCAGUGAUAUAACGAUGGUACAAGGUUCUCAAUCAUACAUCGUUUCAGCCUCAAAAGACGGCGUGGUCAAAGUUUGGAAAUGAAAUCAUAAAAAAAAAUCUUAAUCGAAUAGCUAGAAAGAAAAAAAUUCUAUCGAAAUUUGAGUUGAUUUGUUGUUGUUGUGCCGAUUUAAGUAAAAAGCCUGUUUCGUGUUGACGUAUAAUUGUAAUCAUUCCAAAUAGGCACGUAAGGUAGUAAUUCAAUAUAUA